CCCCCCGCGCGCGCGGCACUGGUGGUGAAAGCCUCGCGCUACGUACUGGCUAAUGAUUGGCACGCUUGACAGUGAUUGGCAGCGCCGCCAUGGCAACGGCGCGGCGACACCAAGAAGACCAAUAGAAAAGGGAAACAAAAUGUUUCAAUGCUACACUCAACGGCGGAUUUAGGGGGGAGAUAUUAUGUGGCCGGUGUCAUUAGGCGAUAGCCAUUGAAUCAUUCGAUCUGCUUUUUUUUUUUUUUUUUUUUUCUCCUUUCCCCCUUCCUUCUUCUGGGGGGUCAGGCGCGCAACUCGGCCGCGCUGGCUGCUGGCGUCGGGCUGGUCGGCCCCCGUUUUUUUUUUCUCCGUAGUUUGGCUUUCUCUCUCAGGUCUUUUCCAUGGUUUUCCGAUCGCCUUUAGAGCUUUAUCCCUCCCAUUUCUUCCUGCCCAACUUCGCCGAUCGCCCGCUGCUCCUGGCGAACAGCGCGCCCGCCGCCCGCUCCCCGGAAGACUUGUCCAUGUUCCAGCUACCCACGCUCAACUUCUCCCCGGAGCAGGUGGCGAGCGUCUGCGAGACGCUGGAGGAGACCGGCGACAUCGAGCGGCUGGGCCGCUUCCUGUGGUCGCUGCCCGUGGCGCCGGGCGCCUGCGAGGCCAUCAACAAGCACGAGUCCAUCCUGCGCGCCCGCGCCGUGGUGGCCUUCCACACGGGCAACUUCCGCGACCUCUACCACAUCCUGGAGAACCACAAGUUCACCAAGGACUCGCACGGCAAGCUGCAGGCCAUGUGGCUGGAGGCGCACUACCAGGAGGCCGAGAAGCUGCGCGGGCGCCCGCUGGGUCCCGUGGACAAGUACCGCGUGCGCAAGAAGUUCCCGCUGCCUCGGACCAUCUGGGACGGCGAGCAGAAGACGCACUGUUUCAAGGAGCGGACGCGGAGCCUGCUGCGGGAGUGGUACCUGCAGGACCCCUACCCCAACCCCAGCAAGAAAAGGGAACUGGCGCAAGCCACCGGACUCACCCCCACACAGGUCGGCAACUGGUUCAAGAACCGGAGGCAACGAGACAGAGCCGCGGCGGCCAAAAACAGGCUGCAGCAUCAAGCCAUGGGAGCGGGCGCCAUGAGGUCGCUGUCCGAGGCCGGCCUGACCCCUCACAGCUCGGCCGAGUCGCCGUCGACGGCGGCCAGUCCCACCACCAGCGUGUCGAGCGUGACGGAGCGCGCCGACGCCGGCACGUCCAUCCUCUCCGUCACCUCCAGCGACUCCGAGUGCGACGUAUGAUAGCAAACGGCCACGCCAAAAGAGAAUUAUCCACAGGACCUGAGAGGAAAACUACAACAACAACAACAACAACAACAGACUCGGAUGGAGGAGCCACAAGGACCGAUCGCUAUAAAUAUGACGUAAAAAAAAGAUACAGCACGUGUUUGUUUGUUGGUUGGUGGGUUUGUUUGUUUUUUAAAUGAGAAACGCUUUGAAAAAGACAAAAAAGGAGCCAACGCUUGACGCCCUUCUUCGUCGUCUUCAUCACACGCCAACAAUACUCAACUUGCAUGAACAGUCCCUUGUUUUGAUUUUUUUUUUAUUUUGAAUGAUGAAAUCGGAUUCUUCUGCAUCCAGAGGAGCAACGAGCAGAGGGAAUUCGAAACGUUUUGGACCCUUUAUUUUUGGGAUGAUGUCACGCAGACCAGAUGUUUUUUUUUUGUUUUUGUUUUUGUUUGUUCAUCAGACAAUCAUUUCAAGUCGUAAGCACCUUUUUUUUGUUGUUGUUGUUCCAAAAAAAGAGAAAAAUCAUUUUUCCUUCGUCACCGUCUGCCUGUGCGGGGCCAAAACAAUGUAUCAGAUUUUUAUUUUCAAUAUAUUUUUUGGGAUUGGGGGGGGGGGUUAAUAUGGGAGGAUGUCGCUGUAUGCGAAGAAGAAAAUGACAACGGCAUCCUUCUCCCGCGGUGUAAUAUAUAAAGUGUAGAAAUAUGCUUGUACAUAACGAUCCCUUCCUCCUCCACUUUUCUCCGCUUGGUCUUUCCGGCCAUCCAAUAUUUGCUCCAAACUGCAAAACACUCACGCGUGCUCGAGUUCGGCCUGUCUGUUCUCUCUCUGUGACAUUUGCGCAUAUCACAACGUGGACCUUCCUCCUCCUCCUCUUCCUCCUCCUGCCCUUCAAAUCCUGUUUUUAUCUGGGAAUAUCAUAGCAUCUUAUGUUGUUGUUGUUGUUGUUUGAUUUUUUGGGUUUGCUUUGAAAUCAUCAAAUAUAAUAUUUAAUUGAAAGGUGAGUGUCUCGAGCCAAGUUCAUCUCGGGCCGUGAUUGGAUUGCGGGGGGCUUUAGCGCUCAUCUCUGCGGGUUUAUGAUCGUUUGCAGCGCGCACCUUGCAAAAGUCACCUCCGGCUUUUCCUCGCCGUGCUUAAAUCGGGGGGGGCGAAACCAAAACAGAAAGAAAGACAAACAUCGUUAAAAUAGGUACACCGCGCCUUCCGUGUAAACGGCACACAUUCUGACAAAAUAAAACAAAGCGACAACCAAAAAAAAAAACCCAAAACAAAACAAUACAAAACGACGAGCACACCUUUUGUUUACCGUUGCCGCUGAAUGCCGAAAUUAAGUAAACGCGCCAUUAAAUGGCCUAAUCGCGAUGGGACUCCUCCCCUGCUCCAAUCUGCUAUUGUGGCCCCCUCAAAAGAGCUUUUCUUCCCGGAACGACAAGCACCCCUCUUACCCCCCCCCCUCAUCUGCCCUGGCUUUAAAAAAAAGAGGGGGAUUUCUCCCCAGCAAGUCUCUUUUUUUUUUUUCCUUCUGCUAAACCUGCAAGCAAUGAGCGCGUUUGUUCCAGGACGCUUGCGGGAGUCCUUUUUGAUCACUUGCAAAUGUGGAUCGAAGAGCAUCCUGUCAGGAUUUAGCAGCUCUUGUUUGGGACAAAAAAAAAACAAAAACUUGCACGCACACUGCAAAAAACGUGGACGUCUGAGGUCUGAGGGCGCGGGGUGUGGGGGGGGGACGCUGGAGAAUUGUGGGGAAGAAAAUGUUGAAGGCUUAUUUCAACGGGGAAAGAAAGACAUUCUUGAAAAAAAUCCCAUUUGAACAAAAAAAUAAAAAUUUCCAGAUAGCGUUUUUUUUUAAUUAUCAUGUAUUGAUAAUUCAUUCGAAGUAUAUUUUUCGUGCAUGUGUACCCCCCCCCCCCCAGCCAAAAAGUAGACCUUGCACAUUCAUAUAAAACACGAACAUGUGUAUUGUUUUAAAGCAUGACUAUGACAAAUAUUUCAGAAUAAAAGAUGAAGUGAUGCGCCA